AUGCCGUUACCUAACUGCACCUUCAACUCUCUUGCAGCCAUUUUAACUGGUGACAGAGAACUCAGUGACUUAGGAUGCCCCGAUUCUGCUGUGGUGUGUGGAAUGAAUAUCUCCUGGGUGUUGGCGAACGCCACUCAAGAAGAUCUGGAAGAAAUGCUUUGCUUGACUGAGGACAAGUACCUUUCCAAAAUUCUGGGGGAAUCAAAAUCCCCCAUGUUUCUCCCUGUCUGUGUCACUUAUCUCACCAUCUUCAUCGUGGGUGUCCUGGGCAAUUCCCUGACCUGUGCGGUCAUUUUACGCUACAGAGUGAUGCAAACGCCAACCAAUUACUACUUGCUGAGCCUGGCUGCGUCCGACCUGUUGGUGCUGCUUCUGGGGAUGCCGUUAGAGAUCUACGAGAUGUGGCAGAACUACCCCUUCCUGCUCGGAGAAGGGGGAUGCUAUUUCAAAACCUUCCUAUUUGAAACUGUCUGCUUUGCUUCCAUCCUCAAUGUCACUGCGCUCAGCGUGGAGCGCUACGUGGCGGUGGUGCACCCCCUCAAAGUCAAGCAUUUGACCACACGUGCUCACGUUAAGAGGGUCAUCCUCAUGUUGUGGGGGCUGUCCAUGCUGUGCGCUUUGCCAAACACCAGUCUGCAUGGGAUCGAAGUGCUGCCGCCACAGUUUGGUCGACAGUUUCCCCGAUCUGCUAUCUGCCAUCUGGUCAAACCCAUCUGGAUGUACAACUUAAUCAUCCUGAUCUCCACGCUGGUCUUCUUCCUGCUCCCCAUGCUGAUCAUUAGCGUUCUCUACCUGCUCAUUGGCUUGAGGCUGCGCAGGGAGAAGGUGAUGACCACGGUGGAUACUAACUGUGCCUUCGGCUCUGAAAGUAUCUCCAGCUCCCACAAGCAGAGGCUGAGCAAACGAAACGUGCAAGUAACCAAAAUGCUAUGUGUGCUGGUGGUUGUCUUUGGCCUGUGUUGGGCUCCCUUCCACAUCGAUCGCUUGAUGUGGAGCUACAUCAACAUAUCAUACGAGCAGCACCGCAGGAUCUUCGAGCAUGUCCAUGUCAUCUCUGGAGUCCUCUUCUACCUGAGCUCCGCCGUCAACCCCAUCCUCUACAACCUCAUGUCCACCAGGUUCAGAGAAAUGUUUAGCCACAUUACCUGCUACUCUAACAGCUGGAGAGAACACUCAAGGAGCUUCCAGAUGACUCAACGCAGCACCCUGCGUGAAAAAACACCCCAAAGUAGCAAAAUGACUUCCGGAGCCUUUUGA